CGAGAGAGAGCAGAGCAGCGAACACACACAUGCAGCCAGACCAGCCGAGCAGGCAAAUGAGGGAUGGACGCACUUCCAUUCGCGCUCCGGAAUAACGGAUUAGCAAAUGACAUCGCAGAACAGACGGAGAACCUGAUAAGCCUCAGCGAUUCUCACCGCCCGACCAGCGCGUCAGUCAGUAGGGUCACCUUCGUAAUUAACACGGGCGUCUUGUGGACGUGCGUGUGAGUGAGCUAGAGACCGUUAUCCAUUUGGAGCGAGAGGGGAAGAAAGAGAGUCUGGAUAUAACCACUAUCCAAUCCUCCAGACAACAGCAGAAGCCGCAACCGGACUCGGUCCUCCAGAGUAGCCGUCUAGCCGCACCCCCAGUCCCGCAGCCCCAUGCAGGAUGCCCGGAGGGGAGCGCUGGUCCUGGGGUGUCCUCCUGGUCCUACUCAGCCCGAGUUCAUGACGCCCUGGGCUGCUUCAUCAUGCGUCUCCUACCCGCUCCAAGCGCUCACUCUCUCCGGCUACUCUUUCUCUUUAUCUUCGUGAUGGGGGUGGCCCCUUCCCCGGCUCUUACAGCAGGCUGCCCUGACAGGUGUGUGUGUGACGACCAGCUGGUGGUCCAGUGUGCCGGGCAGGAGCUCACCCUCUUCCCCAACGACCUCCCUCUAGCUACCCGCCAACUCAUCAUCUCCAACAACCGCAUCGGAGAACUUCCAGCAUUGCAACUCAACUACCUGUCUGAUCUAGUAUACCUGGACGUCAGCAACAACACCCUGAUGGAGAUCUCCGAGUCCACCUUCGGGAAUCUCCGGAAGCUGGCCUACCUUGACCUGUCCUUCAAUACACUGACCCAGAUCGAGGACCGGACGUUUGGACCGUUGUCUAGCCUUGUGAUGCUACGGCUAACAGACAACCCGGGGCUAAGUGAGAUCCACCCGGAUGCGUUCUCAGAGAACAUGGCUCUGCAGGUGCUGGAUGUGAGCAGGAACAACCUGACGACGCUGAACAUCAGCUCUCUGAUUGCCCUGCCCUCUCUGCGCUCCAUGGGGCUCAGUGGAAACCCCUGGAGGUGUGACUGCGAGACGGAGGACCUCUGCCUCUGGGUCCAAAUAGAAGGAUUCAAGUUCCAAGACGAGGGCCAGACAGUGUGCCAGGGGCCUCCAGAGCUGUCAGGGCAACGGCUGGCUGAAGUGGGCAUGCAGCUGAGGGCAGACUGCCACCAGGGCCUGGGCUACUGGGACUACCUGUUCUUCAUCGCUAUCGGCUUCGUCAUCUUCAGCGCCGGCACCGUGUCGGCAUGGGUGAUGGGUGUCCUCAUGGUGCUGUACGAGAGAUACAACAAGAGAAAGGGGGAAGACAUGGACAGUGAUGACGAGGAGGAGAGACAUAUGGGGGGAGGGAUGAUGGGGGGAGGGAAUCAGGGGAAUGGGGAUGUGAAUAAGCCUUGCAUGCAAGUGUGAUUGAGUUAUGAGGAGGAGGGGGAGAUGAAGAAGGGAUGGGACUCUGAACAGCCGGAAGAGAAGAGGCGAAAAAGGCAGAAGAGGAAGAAGAGAGGAUACAUUAGGAAGAGCUAUGGAGUGAGAUGGAAGGACACUGAAGAAAAGAAGAGGAAUGGAGUAAUUUGCAUAAAGGACACUGGGACCUUGUACUCUGUAGAAAGACAGUCCUGUCUUUCAGGACAGACAUUUUACCCCGUGUGUGUGUGUGUGUGUGUGUGUGUGUGUGUGUGUGUGUGUGUGUGCGUGUGCGAGUGUGUGCGAGUGAGAGAGAGCAAUAAGGGGAAAUAGGCCUUCCACUUCAGGACUACAGAGUGACUUCUGAACUAUUAAGAGCAAUAAGCCCCCCACUGUUACAUCACACACACACACACACACACUCAUCACAGAUGCUAAGAGCUGGUUUCUCUGGUAAAUCAAAAAGACCCUGGAAUAGUGAAUAAACCGGUACACACACAGUUUGUAAGUCUACAGUAUGUUAAUAUUCUAGUUCUGCCCAGAGUUAGCUACGGUAACUGGGGCAGAACCAUUGCACAGCAUCUCUCUCACCAGGGGGAACAAGUGAUUCAUAGGUCUAGACAAACCCUGCCCCUCCUCUGUCUCCCCCACCUCCCUUCUGUCCACCUCAAACUCUUUAGCACAGAGCAUACACAUGAGAAUAGUGUGUGUGUGAGCCAGGUUAUUUCCAGUGUAGUUGAUGAGAGCAGCAGUGUGUGUGUUUAUAUGUGGGAAUAGAGCAUUAGGAGGAUGUCAGCACUACGUUUCACUGGGUGGGUAAUUUGUAAUCACACUCCGUGUCCCUGCCUACUGAGACGCAUCCACACUGACACACAUGCACUCCUCUCAAGGGCACAGCUAAAGUCAGACCCUCAGGCCUGGAAACAUUAACACCCCUCUUUCCAUCCAUCUUUCCAUCUCUCUCUUCAUCCCUCUCUCCAUCCCUCCACACGCGGGAGAUGAGUCCAUAGCUGUCACUACAUGCACCCACACAUGCGAACAAGCAGGCACACAAGCAAGUAGACACUCACACACUCAUGCACACACACAGACACUGACACACACACAUUAACAUACGCACACAGACACACACACAUUAACAUACGCACACAGACACACACACACAAACAUACGCACACAUGCACAGACACAGAUACACAGCUCAAUUGUCAAAGCUUUAGCUGGUCAAUAUCAGAUGAUAGAUUUAUGAGCAGCUAAACCGUCUCAGCAGACUCACAGCCUCAGGACAGAUGAGACUGCUGUUAAGGUGUCUGUUCCAUGUAUUGGGGGGCUGGUUUUAUGUUGACAGGGCCAGAAGGGGUACAUGUUAACUCGUGAGAGGACAGAGCAGGGUAUAAAUACUAUCACUGAAGGAGCAACAGGAUCAGGGGGAUUCGGGGUGUGUAAAGGGUGUAAGAGGUGUGGUGGUAAAGGGUUUGAGUCCAGUGGUAGGUAUGUAAGGGUGUAGAGAGGUCAUGUAGGGGGUGUGUGUUUACAAAUGGAAGGCUUGGGUGUGUGUGUGUGUGUGUGUGUGUGUGUGUGUGUGUGUGUGUGUGUGUGUGUGUGUGUGUGUGUGUGUGUGUGUGUGUGUGUGUGUGUGUGUGUGUGUGUGUGUGUGUGUGUGUGUGUGUGUGUGCGUGUGUGUGUGUGUGUGUGUGAGGUUUCUCUCUUGGUUACAGAACUGUUGUUGCGCAGUGAGUCGCCAAGGGCAAUGUACUAGAAUCUUGCUGAUGUCAGCAACUGACCAAUAAGAGUAUCCUCUGGCACCUGAGGCCCCCUUUCAUCCCCCGAGAGCUCUGUGUGUCUGUGUGUGUGUGUGCAUGCUGUGACCUCAGCCAAGGUCCUGUGAGUGUAUCAUUGUGUGUGGCUCUUGCUUCUGGUUGACUCAGGGGUGAGGGGGUUGGUAUAUUAAACAGCCAUCAACGUUCAUGCAUUGUUGCAGAACGUCAUGAUCUUGCCAUCAGAUUAGGGCUGCAUCUCAAGUCUACAGGGGCUUCCUCUACUUGUCUCCUCUCCUUCAUAUGCACUAGUGCUUCUCUAGGGCUUGAAAUGAAGGAAUCUUCAAACUGUAAACUGGUGCACCUGAGGAGAGCAGUCAUAGAAACCGAUUACUGAUAAUAAUAAUAAUAAUAAUAACAAUAUUAAUCCUGUUCAGAUCCGAGAGUAGAAAGAGAGAAGUAGACCUCCGUCUUAGCGCUGUCAGUGCCAUCAAUAAUCUAGUGAUAUUGGUGAAAUUAUCCACAGUUACUUACGUGUCCUUAAAAAUGGCCUUUAACAAAUUACAAAAAAAAGUUUCGUUGUGUUCAAAUGUGUAGCAUAUUAAAAACUUUAUAGCUUAUUGUUUUAUUGGUUUUUACUUUCCUAAAACAAUAAUUGUCCACCUUACGGUUCAGCUGUCCAAGAUUAGAGCACUAAAUCCCCCAGGGCAUUACAUGCAGACAGGCAAAUACACCAAGGUGUCCAAUGUGGAUGAAUAUUAGAAAAAUAAAUCUAAAGGAAGAGAAGGUUAGGCCUAGCCUUAGAGAGGCCGAGAAAUGUUCCUGACACCGACAUGCUUUCUUUAUCCUGUCAGGCUACUAUGAUACAGAUAGGCGUACAGAAGGAGGCUAAUUGGUUCAUAUCUUUUUUAUAAAGAUUAAAGGAGUAACUUUGGUAGGCCUAAAACAUUCUUCCUCACCUCAAGUUCAACUGUCGGAGAGAGUUGGAGCUCCGGUGCACACUGCCUUCAUAGCCCUGCAGUAGCUAAGCCUGAUAAUAGACACACCACACCAAACCUUCAUAAAAUACCAACAGGUUAAUACAUUGCGGCAACAAUUUCAGUUACAGUUCAUAUAAGGAAAUCAGUCCAUUGAAAUUCAUUCAUUAGGCCCUAAUCUAUGAAUUUCACAUGACUGGGCAGAGGUGCAGCC